UGAAAAUAUAUAAAUAAAUAGUGAUACCAAUUAAAAGCAUUUUUAAGGCAUCACUCUGCCAAUAUCAGUAUAGCAUAUGUAUUUAAUGUCAAUACAGUAGUAGUUACCUACCAGCAUUACUGUAGCAUAGGAUUAAACUAAUGUUGGUUGUUUGUAACAAUGCCGUCUGCGAAUUCCGACGAUCUGCGGCGAAAGUUUGCCGUCGUACAACAACAGAGAUCGGCACCACCCACAUUAACAGUUACCGGCUUUGCAGCAAACAGAACAAGACAUACAACUUACGAUCCGCUACAUGCUGCUGCAAUGCCAUUAAGAAGUACAGUGGGUACAUCGGUAGCAGCAGUUCAAUCACUACCAUUACAGGAACCCGAACGAACCUAUGUAUUUCCAGGUUCAAAUGCUGUAGGUGUUGUUGGUGGAAACGUUAUCGGUAGUACGAUGCCAGGUAUACCAGGUGUUGCAAUAGUAACACCAGUAACGAACACUUUAAUGACUGGACGGGGUCAUGCGCGAUCAGUUAGUCAUGGUGGUGGUGUUAUUUUAGGAACAAAUGGUCGACCAAUUAAAUCAGCAAUGAAAGGACACCAACGGGCAUUUUCUCAAGGGCAAAUAACUGAUUCACCAAAUUCAGCAGCAGCAUCACGUGGUCAUAGCCGCGUUGGUUCAAAAACUGACUUUAUUUUACCACCGGGUCAUAAAGAUGAGACAUUGGCGCGUGAUUUUGGACCUUCAAUAUCAUCAUCAUCGAACGCACGUGGCCAUUCGCGACAAGCAUCACGUUCCGAAUCAAUUUACACACUCCGGCGAUCGGAAGCGCCACCAUGGUGGAAGCGUAUUGGCAUAUGUCGUACGGAAAACUCAGAUGAACGAAAUUAUCGUAUUGUUGUGCCAAAUCAUACUGUGCCACCUAAAACACCUAAGCGUGAUCAUCCCAACGGACAUUUUGUGGCUAAUAAAAUACGUACAACCAAAUAUACAUUGCUUUCGUUUAUACCAAAAAAUUUACUCGAGCAAUUUCACCGUGUAGCGAAUUUAUAUUUCAUUUUUAUUGUUCUAUUAAAUUGGUUUCCUGCGAUAAAUGCAUUUGGAAAAGAAGUAGCGAUGAUACCAGUGUUAUUUGUACUUGGCGUAACAGCAGUUAAAGAUCUGUUUGAAGACAGGCGACGUAGAUCAUCCGAUAAACGUAUUAAUAAUACAACUUGUCGUGUAUAUGAUGGAGAAACGGAGCGCUAUCAAAAACUGAAAUGGCAGGAUGUGCAUGUUGGUGAUAUAGUACACUUAUCAAAUAAUGAAACAGUGCCAGCAGAUAUUUUACUGUUGCGUACUAGCGACCCCCAUGGGGUUUGUUAUAUAGACACUUGUGAUUUAGAUGGUGAAACAAAUCUCAAACGUAGAGAGGUUGUACGGGGUUUCACUGAUAAACAAAACAUCUUUACACCUAGUAAAUUUGUGAGUCGUGUUGAAGCUGAUGCGCCAACCACAAAAUUAUAUAGAUUUCACGGUGCCUUGAUACACUCAACAGGAGAACGCGUACCUAUAUCAACUGAGAAUUUAUUACUCCGGGAAAGUAGGCUUAAGAAUACUGACUACGUUGAAGGAAUCGUUGUCUAUGCAGGACAUGAAACCAAGUCAAUGUUAAAUAAUAGUGGGCCCCGUUAUAAACGUUCUCAGGUUGAGCAGCAAAUGAAUAUUGAUGUGAUAUGGUGUGUGAUAAUUUUAUUAGUACUAUGUGUAGUUGGUGCAGUUGGCAGUAAAAUGUGGUUAAGUUCGUUUAAACAUUUUCCUGUGCCAUUUUUGCCCUUUAAAGUUGAUCCCGAUUAUGAAGGUUUAUUGACCUUUUGGACUUAUAUUAUAAUACUUCAGGUUAUGAUACCAUUGUCACUUUAUGUUACAAUUGAACUAUGUAAAAUACUCCAAGUAUAUCACAUACAUAAUAAUGUUGAUCUCUUCGACUAUGAUACAAAUAAAAAAACCGAAUGUCGAGCAAUGAAUAUCACAGAAGAACUAGGACAAAUACAACAUAUAUUUUCUGAUAAAACAGGGACACUUACAGAAAAUAAAAUGCUCUUUAGACGCUGUGUUGUAAAUGGCACUGAUUAUAACCAUCCACCAUCGGAGUUGGAAAAAAUGUAUUCAAGACCUGGUUCGCCAGCUCCACCUUUAAUAGCAAAUACAACACUCUUAGAUGAUAUGUCCCACUUUUUAAAUUCUGGACAGUAUUUAUCAAAUAAUAGCCAACGCAUACAAGAAUUUCUUCUAGUUUUGGCAAUAUGUAAUACGGUAAUAGUAAGUGCAGCACCCCAUAGGGAUUUAAUGAAUGCUAGCGGCAUAAUUGAGGUGCAAAGUGCGAAUAAUGUGGUCCCAGAGUGCUCAGCUACAUUAAAAGGUGUUGAUAAGCAACAAAAUUUGAUCUUUGCAGAAGUAAAUCUAAAAUCAACAAACAAUUCUACUGCUGCUACUACAAGUAAAUUAGUAUCGGCGAUACCAGCUGAUCGUUACACAAGAUUAGCAGAAUCACGUUCGGUGACACCAUCGCCCCCACCUAAUUCAGCAUAUGCACUACCAAUGCAAACACAUGUUCCUUCUCUGUCGCCUAUCAGCAGUUCGGCAGAAACAACACCUACUUCGGAAUCACCACCUUUGAAAAUGAAAUCAAUUUCGAAUAGUGUGUCUCCAACAGGCCGAGCAAAAGCGGUUAUCAACUCCAAAAUUAUAAGUUUAACAUCGUUUCUUAAUAAUAAAACGCAAUCAAAAAGACUAGCAACAAAAUUUUCACAAUCAAAACAAACAUAUCGUACUGCUGAUGGGCGGCCACUUUACGAAGCAGAAAGUCCGGAUGAAUUAGCAUUAGUCAAUGCAGCUUAUAGCUACGACUGUUGUCUUAUAAAUCGGAGUCCAAAUCAUAUAUUAGUUAGUUUGCCCAACGUUGGCGUUACAGAAUAUGAAGUGCUAAAAAUUUUGCCAUUCGACUCAAGUCGUAAAUGUAUGUCCAUAGUGAUACGUCGUACUGGUACACAAGAAAUUAUUCUUUACACAAAAGGUGCUGAUAGUUCAAUUAUGCCUGUUCUAACGCAGUGUAAACCAAACUCGAUUGACAGUUUACUACGUGAGAAAACACAGCAACAAUUAGAUCGUUAUGCUCGCGAAGGUUUACGUAUAUUGGUUAUGGCGAAGAGAAAUCUUAAUGCCGCAGAAUACACUGAUUGGUGGGCACAUCAUCAAGAAAUCGAGAUGUCUCUUGAGAAUCGAGAACGUCGAUUACGAGACUCUUUUGCCAAAUUGGAAAGCAAUCUGACAUUGCUAGGUGCAACUGGGAUUGAAGAUCGUUUACAGGAUGGUGUACCUGAAACAAUUGCUUCAUUGAUGGCAGCUGGUAUAUCGAUAUGGGUGCUAACGGGUGAUAAACCAGAAACUGCAAUAAAUAUAGCAUAUUCCGCUAAAUUAUUUACACAACAAAUGGAAUUAAUUAGAUUAGUAGCGCGAUCACGUGAUGCUGCAGAAUCGGCUAUCAAUUUUUAUUUGUCAGAAUUUGAUGAACAAAAAAUUGCACACUUUGGCAUGACUCCAAGACCUAAACAGAAAGCAUUGGUAGUGGAUGGCAAAACACUAACUUUUAUUUUAGACAUGCGGUCCAAUCUAAUACGUCCAUUUUUAAAAUUAGCUAAAAGCUGUGUUUCUGUAUUGUGUUGUCGCUCAACGCCUUUACAAAAAGCUUAUCUAGUUAAGAUUGUAAAAGAAGAAUUGAAUUUGUGCACACUAGCAAUUGGAGAUGGUGCUAAUGAUGUUUCUAUGAUACAAAUGGCAGAUGUUGGCGUAGGUAUUUCAGGUCAAGAAGGUACCCAAGCCGUUAUGGCUGCUGAUUUUACAGUAGCCCGCUUCCGUUACUUAGAACGGUUGUUGUUAACACAUGGUUUUUGGUGCUAUGACCGAUUAUCGCGUAUGAUACUUUACUUUUUUUAUAAAAAUGCGGCAUUUGUUUUUCUAAUAUUUUGGUACCAGCUUUACUGUGGUUUCUCAGGUUCUGUAAUGAUGGAUCAAAUGUAUUUAAUGUUGUAUAAUCUGAUAUUUACUUCCUUACCGCCACUUGCAAUUGGCGUUUACGAUAAGCGUGUGCCUGAGGAUUUGCUUCUAAAAUACCCUCAUCUUUAUAAAAAUGGUCGUCUAGGACUUGCUUAUAAGCCGCAUGACUUUUGGUUAAUUUUAUUGGACUCAUUAUAUCAAAGUUUGGUAAUAUUUUUUGUUGCUUUGUGUUCAUAUGCCGAAUCGGAUGUCGGUAUUUGGGAAUUUGGUACCACUAUAACUGCUUCUUGUCUUAUGGCGAAUUUGUUACAUGGUGCAUUUGAGAUACGUUCUUGGACUAUUCUUCAUGUGCUCUCUAUUAUUAUCAGUUUUGUUUCAUUUUAUGCCUUCUCUAUAGUAUAUAAUUCUAUCUGCGUUAAUUGCUUCGGACUGCCUUCUAGUUAUUGGGUGAUAUUUCAUUGUUUUGCCUCUGCAGUACAUUGGCUAGUUAUAAUUUUAUCCACAGUAGUUGCCAUAUUUCCACGUUUACUUUUUUCAACUCUAAAAACUUCUAUACGUCCAGAUGAAUGCACUAAAGUUUUAUUGCAAACUAAAGUCCAGCGCAGUAGAGGUGAGGGUUUAUUAGUUACUUGGUCAAGGUCUACAUCUGCAUCAUCAAUUUAUAGAGUCGCCGAUUAUGGGUCUAAGAAUCAAAUUAUAACCUCGAUUACUUGAUUACUAACGUCGACAGGUUGAAUGAUUGGCUUUAGAAGACUUUAACCAAUUAUCAAAAACUUUAACCAAUCACUUAAUACAGAAACAAUUGCAAACAUCUCUACGUUCACGACAACAAGAAUUUUUGUUACACAAGAAUAUUAAAUUAUUAAAAACUGUAUUAUAUUUUUCAUAUAUAAUUUAUUUAAAAUAUUUGAUUUUUAGUUGCGCAUUAUUUGCAUGCGUUUCACACGCGCUUCAAAUGCGUUUCACAUGCGCUACAUUUGCGUUUUAGAUGCAGUUUGUGUAUUAAGUAGAAUACAUAUAUUAGUAUAGAGUUAGCGUAUUUUAAUUUUUGUAAUAUGUAUAUAUUAUA